CAUACAUGUACUAUUUUUUACGCUUGCAAGUCGACUAGUCGCGACGUUGAUCAGCAUCACAAGGCCUACAAAUAGCGGUGCUCGAUCUGAUUCUGUUACACUGCUUUUUCUUCCUCAGCGAAACACAAAAUAGCUCUGUCUUCCCACGCGCCCAUCAUCUUCGACGAACAUGCAGCGACCCACUGGAUAUGGGCUAGUUCCCCAAACGGACGGUAAGCUCGAGGAGAAGAUGGAUGCCUUUGCUGCAACAGAUAUUCCAGAAAAGAUCGUCUCCUGGCUGAACGCUGUCCUGGACAAUCCAGCAGAUGCGUGCAAGAGUCACGAUUGGAAAGACAUCCAAGAGUUUUUGAAGGACGGAACACGUCUCUGUCGCUUCAUGAAGUCUGUGGGCGAUCCAAGAAGGAUUCCAGACAUGAGAGUUGACCCGCAAACGCAGUUCGCCUGCAUGGACAACAUUAGCAUGUUCCUGAAUGCCGCUAAGGAAAUCGGUGUGAAGGACGACGACUUAUUCCAGCCGGAGGAUCUGUACAACGGGGAGAAAGGACCGUUCAGUCGCGUUAUCAACACACUCGACCAAGUGGGCCGGUGUUCCCUGGCCAUGCGGAACAGUGCAGUACCACAGUACGGCGCCUAGGAUAACGAGCUAGGCUUCGCGCCUGAAUGCGAGAUACAUGUGCAGGCUGUGCCACCUCGAUCUUGUGUGCAAGCAAGCAGUCGCUUCACACGGGCUGGUAUCCCAAGCUAGCAUGGAAACAUCAAGUACCGACCGCAACGCCAUCGAUUAAUAUGCCCCAAAGACAUGCAGUUUUUUAUAUAUUUUUUGAACAAUUAAUUCACACAUUGGGACAAGCUAUCAGUUUUAUAGUUUUCCGUAUGCUAUGCUGAUUUCUACAAGUAGGCAUAGCAUGCAUAUUAUUAUUACCAAUCU